AUGAAGACCACAUCCAUACUCGCCAUGGCAUUCACCACAGCAGCCGUGAACGCCGGCGCAAAUCCCCCAGCACCACUCAUCGAAAGCGGACCAGUCGGCGAUCAAAAAGCGUGCCCAAGAAACUGGGCAGUCUACGGCAUAUGUAACGGAAAAUCCUGCAUGUGGAACAACGGCAUCAACUACGCGUGCGACAAAGGAAAAUGUACUGGCAAAGGCGGCGGCGACGGAUCUUGCUGCGGCUGGAAGACGCAAAACUGGUUCAGCAUGGCAACUUGUCCGAACGGGGGUUGGUAG